AUGAAGCUCCUUGCAAUCGUUUCUCUCCUGGCGACCGUCGUUCCUUUGCAAGUUCUGGCCGAGACCACCUGCUGGCAUAACUCGGACUGUAAUGAGAGAUGGGUCGGAUACACCUGCUCCUGUGCCAAUGCACGCGUCAAAUUCAUCAAUGCCAUGAAGAGUCAGGGUAUCAACUGCUGGACCGGCCCUGGUUUUGGCGUCGGCUGUGACAAUGACUGUGGUGGCAAGUGUGACUGCGGCCGCAACCACCACUGGGAGGCGGCUGCGAUAAUCAGUCCGGUCGUGGUCAUGGAUGCCCCCGACACGAAGCAAAUGUGGGUUAACACGAAAUUUUUUGUCGCCCUUUCAACGUUGACUUUUCCGCAGAGACAGCUAGGGAUAGAUGGAAUCUCGAAUGACCAACCCACUGUCGAGCUCGGUUUCCAUUCAUGGCGCAUGGUCCGCGAGUAUUGGAAAGGCUCUUAUCUGAGAUAUGACCUUAGAAAAAGCCCUUCGCUCACUGAUAAGAUGAAAUGUUUUACCCCAGAUCUGAUGCUAUGA